AUGGCACAUAAUACCAGGUCCAUCAUCGUUAUGUUAUUCCUUAUAACUAUUAUAUGCAUUGCGACCUCUUUGCCGGCCUCAAUGAACAUGCCACUAGUAGACCCAGGGCUCUUUGUAAUAUCGGGCGUCAAAACUUGUGGGAACACUCUUGGUUAUUGUCUUCUGGGUAGUGAUUGCACCAUGGACGAUGAUUUUUUGCCAGAUUCAACUGGUAACUGUGACGGUUUAAAACGUGCAUUUACUCCGAGUGCUCCUUUUACCUGUUGUAAGUUUAACCAAAGAUCUCCGCAAUCAAAGACACCGAUAAUAGAACCCAAUAUAAAAAAGGCAACUACCGCCGUAGUUAAGGAUAAAUUGGGAAGAAACACAAGGGAAAAUAUAGAAUCUUCACUAAUGGACAAUGAUCAAUUGGAAAAACUAAGCGAGAUUCAGUUAGUGGUAAAAAAAAUUAUUGAACAAAUUAUAAAUGAAACAGCAAAUAAUAUUAAAUCAAAAGAAACUUUAUCAAAUACUGAAACAAAAAUGGAAGAAAAUACUAUUAGAAAUAGUAUAAAUGAUGAACAACCAACAACGAACGAUAUUGUUGAAAUAAAAGAUACUACCUUGGAUCCUAUGGUAAAUCCAGAAGAAACAUUAGAUGAAGAAUAUUUGAAAAAAGAUAUGCCUUUAGAUGAAAAAAAUGAUAACGAUAAAAUUACAUCUGACUCAACUGAAUCAGAGACGGAAGAACCAACCAUCGAUGACGAGUUUAAAAUUGAAAAACGUAUUUGUCAAAAAUCCUGUAAAAGUGAAAUAAUUUUUCUUGUUGAUAAAAAACCAAUGUGUUAUGGAACACUUUUAGAUGACAUAUGGAUACUUACUUCUGCAACAUGUGCUUCCAGGUUAGAUAAAUCAGGUAUAAGAAAAGUGACAGUAAGUCGAAAAGACCUAGUGGGAGCGACAUUGAAUAUUUCGAACAUAUUAGUGCACGAGAACUUCAAAUCACCAGUUUCUAAAAGCGCACCAGAAAACAACGAUUUAGCUCUAGCAAGUUUGACUGUUCCACUCAAGGAUCAAGCCUGUACUCCGUGUUUCAGCCAAAAAACAUCUAUUAUGAAUGAAGUAUGCAAGACUUAUCAAAACAUCAAUCAUAAGAAUACAGUGAAAUCAUCCGAAAACUGUGAAGGUCGUGUACAAUUACAAAAGUUGAUUAGCAAUCCAUAUAUAAUACURCCGUGCAAUCAUUGGAGGAUGCAAUACAAUCAAGAAGGGCGACUGGGAAGCAGCUUGUGGUGUGACGGUAAACUGGCUGGCGUCCAAACUGGCGUUGGCGUAGGGUCGUUGAUUUAUACGCCAGUGAAUGAGUACGCCAUGUGGAUAUCCGAUAACAAGAGGAUUGAAGAAAGAAGAUAAACAAACAAAUUGAUCAGACGAAGAUCUUGUAUAUUAAAAGACUGUGCAAUUACUAAAAUAUUAAAUUAAUUUUUA